AUGUGCGAAUUAAAUUGGAGAGAUGACCGAGAAGAGGAUCGUCUUCGCAAAGCAAAUAUCGCGCACUCGACCUUGAUGCUCGUUUCGAAAACAGAUCAGCCUUAUGCUGAACCAGUAGUCGAAUCUAGAAGCGGGUGUGGGCAGGUGAAAACGAUCGAAGAAAGCACAAUCUAUGAUCUGGCGGAGAAAUAUGUAAUUCCAAUCUCAUUCGUACUAAAACCUUCCGCCUAUCUGGAUCAGGACCCCGAGACCCGACUUAUCCCAAUAGUUAACAGCAAUAAGUAA